UAAGCCCAAGUGGGAACUACAAUUGCAGUGGGGCCCUGAUAAGAUUAGCGAAAGGUGUGAGCCAUGUUUGCCAAUAUAUAAACGGUGUUCACCCCCAAAAUCCGCACAGAUUGUUUUUGUUUACCGAAACCAACCAGCAAUUACCAGCAACAUGCCCACCUUUGAGGAGAUCGUCGAGAAGGUCAAGAACUUCAAGAACCUGCCCACCAAGGAGGAGUUCCUCGAGUUCUACGGCUACUACAAGCAGGCCACCGUCGGCGACUGCGACAUCGAGGAGCCGGAGGACGAGGAGAAGAAGGCCCGCUACAACGCCUGGAAGAGCAAGGCCGGUCUGACCAUCGAUGAUGCCAAGGCCUACUACAUCGAGAUCUACAAGAAGUACGCUGACCAGAACGAAUAAGCACCACCCUAGUCUUAGAGCCUUCGAUGCAUGUGGAUAACUGUUGUAACUGUAUUUAUUGUAAUUUUAUAAUAAACCAAACA